AUAAGAACGUCAAAUACGCCUCCGUGACUCCGUCGUCUUCCUUCUCCUCCGUCUCCAAUGGCGGGUUUCAGUUCUCUGAUACCUAAAACACCUCUCAAACGCGCCGUUACUAGAGCAACCGUUAACCUAUCGACGCCGUUAUCUACUAUUCCCGCCGCACGAAGUCUCUUCACCGGAGGAGGAGGACGUAAUGGUGAGAAAGCAAGUAAGCUUCACAAAGCCAUUGGUAAUGCUGGCACGUUUACUCAUCGUCUUCUCGGGGCCAGCCAAACAAACAAGCCUGCCUUCUCAAGGGUCCAAUCUAUGAGCUAUCAGUUUGUGGCUGAUUCCCAUGCGCCUCGUGCACCUUCUCUGGAAGCUGAGGAUGGGCAAGGUGUUGUGGAUUCAUCAAAGAAAGGAAACGCUGAAACGCCUAGGAAGCAGCAAAUGGGAGAGAACAUACCCAAGAAGGAUAAAAUAAAGUUUCUUGUGAACACUCUUCUUGAUAUAGAAGAUAAUAAAGAGGCGGUUUAUGGAGCUCUAGAUGCUUGGGUUGCUUGGGAACGCAAUUUCCCCAUUGCUUCCCUCAAAAGAGUCAUCGCUAUUCUUGAAAAAGAACAUCAAUGGCAUCGUAUGGUUCAGGUAAUAAAGUGGAUGCUUAGCAAGGGACAAGGGACCACGAUGGGGACAUACGGACAGUUAAUAAGGGCGUUAGAUAUGGAUCGUAGAGCAGAAGAGGCACACGCUAUCUGGCGUAAGAAAAUCGGGCAUGAUCUUCAUUCUGUGCCUUGGCAGCUAUGCUUACAGAUGACCCGCAUUUAUUUCCGGAACAACAUGUUACAAGAACUUGUGAAGUUGUUUAGAGAUCUGGAGAGGUAUGACCGUAAGCCUCCGGAUAAACAUAUUGUGCAGAUAGUGGCGGAUGCUUACGAGCUUUUAGGAAUGGUCGAGGAGAAGGAAAGGGUUUUGGAGAAGUAUAGCAGUCUUUUUCUCGGUGCAGCAUCUGAUGAACAAUCAAGAAGAUCUUCAAGGAAGAAGAAGAAACCAGGAGUGACGAAUCCUGAAGCAACCGCAGAAGACGCAGUGGAUGCUAAGUUACAAGAAGGGAUCAAAGAAAAUAUGGAUAAUCACCAAGAAUCAGAAGCCAUCACUGAGAACAGACCCGAACAUGGAGCAUAAGUUGUUUAUCAUAGUGACUAGGUUUGGUUAUUUUGUACGGUGCAGUUCCAUGUAAGAUUAAGAUGUUUGUUCCACUUGAUUUGGAAGUUUUAAGAGUGAAAACAUAAGACACAAA